UAACACUACAACGGAAGUUGAAUAAGUUUCAGGAAGAGAAGUCAUUUGUUUUUGUUUUAACCAGCGGCAUUUCAUAUGAUGUAUUUGGCAUAACGAUGUGAAUACUAAAUCAGAAAGAGGGAGGAAUUUUAAGAGGAAAAUGGCUCUCGUGACAGUUCAACGAUCGCCAAGUCCGAGUAACAGUGCAGCAGAAUCGCCUGGGAUUGAAACUGGUUCUCCCGCACACAAAGAGGAGGUGGUAUCUGAAGAUGCCGAUGAACUUGAUGCAGCAGGAAAAGUCGCAUCGCCCCCUCGACAACGCAGCAGGAUGACUUUGGUUGUUGAAACAGAAAGGAUGAAAGCAGCUGCUAAGAAACUCAAGAAAUUUUUCCAUACGGUCCGAUUCAUUUCCAAAUUGAGGCCUUUCAGCGAGAGCUACUUCACAGUUAAAGGAGCCGCUCUGAUUCUGCCGCAGAAUGAACAAGAGUCAGGCUAUGCUUCCAAAAGGAUAACAAAGAAUUGUGACAACGAGAUACAGAGUCAUCUGCAGUUCAUGUUUUACCUACUACGACCACAGGACACAAUCAAAAUAGCAGUGAAGUUAGAAACAACUAAUGCCUCUGGUAACCCUCGAUACAUGGCCGUGGUAUCGUGUAUUGGACGACAGGAUGAGGAGGAAUCAGUGAUACUGGGCAUCGACUGCCAGGCAACGGCCACUAUAGGACUAGUGUACCCUAUUUAUGCAGACACAUCCAUCAAGCUCGAUGGGGACGGUGGCUUCAUUGUGUCCUCUGAUGGCAAGUUACAUGUCUUCAAACCAGUCUCUGUUCAGGCCAUGUGGUCAGCUUUACAAAGCCUGAGCAAAAUAAUGAAGAUAGCUCGUGACAAUCGAUAUAUCCCUUCCGGGUUGUCUCAUACCUGGACCGGAUAUUACGAAUCGACGAGUCUCCGAUCCAGUCGCGUACAGAUAACAGAGUGGUACACAAAUGAAGAUGUGGAAUUUUUCAAGUCAAUGCCUGUAUUUGUGGAGACUGAUGAUGAGGAGUCACAGUUUAAGAAGAAGCUGAAUGUAGAACUGAAGAACGUUAUGAUGAGAAUGGAUUUAGACGAAGCAACAUGCAAAGCUAUACGACAACAACUGGAGGCAGCAAUGGAAAUGGAUCUCUCUGAGUACAAGAGUUAUGUUGACCAGGAAAUGAUGAGAAUUCUGGGUCAGAUGGAUUCUCCAACACUAAUCAAAGAUCACCUGUACUUGGGUUCAGAAUGGAAUGCGUCAAAUAUGGAGGAACUCCAUAACAAUGGUGUGGGUCAUAUCCUGAAUGUAAGCAGAGAGAUAGACAACUUCUUCCCUGGACACUUUGCAUAUCAGAACAUCCGUGAGUGGGAUUCAGAAGAAACAGAUCUAAUGAAGCACUGGGACAAAACGUUUCUGUUCAUCAGGGAGGCAAGGAAUCGAAAUUCUAAAGUCUUAGUCCACUGCAAGAUGGGAAUCAGUAGAUCGGCAUCGACAGUCAUGGCUUAUCUAAUGAAGGAGUACAAAAUGACCAGGCAGGAAGCUUACGACUACGUGAAAGAGAAACGGAGUUGUAUCAUGCCAAACUCAGCCUUCUGGAGACAGCUGGAAACGUACGAGGGCAUUCUGCAGGCUAAGAGAAAAUUAGAGCUCUUCAAAAGCAAAUCCCAAGAAGAUUUACUGGAUUCUCCAAUGGAAGAAGAUGAGGAAAUCUUGAGAAACAAUCACCACUUCACAGAAAGCGACAUGACCAGGUGUUACAGUCUCCCAGGAGACCUGGACAACAGUGUCUUUCUUCAUGACAAUUUUGAACAAUGCAGCAUAGAACCAGAUAUGGAAGCUGAAUCCAGAAGUGCUGACUCAGCAGAAGACUCCCUUUCAGAUCACCCUUCCCCUAAAGUAGAGACAGAAGAUGCAUUUAAAAAGGGUAAGGCCUACUAUAUAGGGGAGGAUGAUGAAAGGCAUCAGUCCGAGGGGAUGGAAGAAGUGGACUGGAACAGACCAGAAGGCAGUGACCAAUCCUCUUCACUGCCGGCAUUCAAAAUCAUUAAACCCGAUGGGAGCUGGAUUAAAGAAGAAGUGAUAGAAGGUGAAGAGAGAAAAGAUGAUGUUGAGGUGAAGGUCAGUGAUGCAGACAGUACAGAAGCGUCUGAACAGAAGCAGGAGGAGCAAGAAAAAAUACCAAAACCAGACGAUGAUACCAUGGAAACAAACAGUCCUUUUGUUCAUUUGAAAGAAAACAUUCCUUGGAAUCCAGGUACUGUGAAAAAGACAAAAGAAAAUAUUGAAGCCAAAAAUGCUGAAUCUGUAGUGGGAGUUGAAAGCCCCAUUCCAGAACAAAUAAUCGUGAUAGAGGGUACUGAGAAUAAAUGGAUUAAAGAGGAUCUUAAACUGGAUUUGACUGGAGUGACAGUGACUGAAAGUAGUGAUUAUGUUAGGGACGCGUGCACUCCCACCUCAGAGAGUAGUAAAAACUCGGGAUCUGUAUAUGACAAAGAGGAAAUUCCCCUGGCACCUGGGACAGUGAAAAGAACGCUCAAAGAACUGGAAGAAAAGCAUGGGUUUUUGAGAAAUAAGGAUCUUCCGACACUUCCUCUGAAGAGAUCAGCGAGCUUCAAGAGUCCACGAGAUAACACAAGACGUCGACAAAUGGAUCGGGAACGUCGCAAGACUUGUAACCCCGUCCUCAUCAGCUCCCCUAGAAGUCCUGAGGCUGAGGCUGAUUAUGAAUGGAGAAGAUACAGCACGGGAGAGACAUUCGCUUCCAAUCCCGGAACAGAUGAAAAACCACCAGAGACCAAUCAGGCUGUAUACAAUCUGAUGGGAGAGGAGGUAGCAGUGGAAAAGGGCAUUGUUAAGAAACAGAGGGAAGGGAUUGAAGGGAAGAAUCGACAGAGUUCACCCUAUGAUGAGGCCAGCAUCGGAUCAACAGUUCUGAAAAAAUGGGACCUUAAUACUGAUAAUCUCAAAAGGGUGCCAAAUGAAAGUGAUUGUGCCUUGGACACAAACAUGAGUGCCAAUAACGAAAUUUCUCAACUGGUUACAAAUGAGGAGAGUACACCCAAGCAAUCAGUGAGUGAAAUCAAAUCCAAUUUUGAGAAAAGCCCAACUCCAGAGGAAACUGCAAAACAAGACAUAGGUUCCAAGAGGGGGGAUUCCUUAGGGGUAACCACACCAGAUCGGGAGUGCCCAGAGUCACCUGUGUGUUCUUUUGCUGAGAGGAAAAUGACUUUUGAAAAGUUUAGUUCCACAUCUUCAUCUCAGGCCCCUUUCGGGAGCCCUGAAGUUGCAAAACAACCAAAGAGGAAAUCUGAAAGUGAGACCCGGUUUGAUUCUGAGACUCUGGAGCUCAUUCGGGAGAUUGGCUCUGCACUUAUGAACAGUCCAGCAAAGUGUGACAUAGAGUCGGAUGCAGACUUAGAUAGUAGUGGGAAUUUUAGUCUCGUAAAACAUUUUGUCAAAGACAUUGAAAAUCGUACAGCAAAAGAAAGGAAGCCUUCACGACAGAUUAUCAUUAUUGACAAAGAAUCGCAAAAUAGAAAGCCGAGAAACUGGAGAUUUAGUGCUCCAACGCCAGGUGGCGACAGUCCAAGCGAAGAGAAGGCUGAUUUCAAAAAACCACUGGCCAAAUCAGUCAGUCAACCUGUUUCUCUGCAGGAAGAAAGGGGCAAAGGAUCGGUAAAUCAGGAUAACGGGAUAGGAUCUCAAUCAGAAAAUUCUAGUGAUCAGAAUGUUUCCAAUUCUUCUAGGCUGGCCUCUGGUUCCCCACCAAAACAUGACACUGUGUUGGGGGAUCGUAUCGAUAAAGUAUGUAAUCUAGUAGGCAAAUUUCAGCCUGUUGAAACAAAGGGAAGAGCUCCACCAAAUCCGAAAAGUGACACGCUUUCAACAGGUGACCCAGAGGGAGAAAUGGAGAGCAAAUGUGAACCAUGUAUAGAUGUAGAAAAGUCUUCUGCAGAUCAGAAUGAUGAAAGUGGAGAAAGCGAUGCUCAAUCUUCAUCCUCGGACAAUGAACAGUUACGAAUUUUGAAAGAAAAGCUCAGAAAAACGAAUCUCUAUUGCAGCAGUACUCGAUCUGUUGAACUUCGGCGAUCUAAUACCACCCCUGCAUGUAGCAUUGAAACAGUUAGAGAGAAGCUGACAUCUCGCCUUCAGCAGAGAAAAAACACCGAUGAUCUAGACCCUGGUGUUGUAGAGGAAAAAAGAAAAGUCCGUAAACUUCAGGGACGAAGUCACCCACUUACCAAGCUCGAAUACCGAAGGAGUAAUCCAUUUUAUAGCACCAUGUAAAUACCAAAUGCUCAGUCCCAGCAUAAGAUUAGUACUGUUUAUGUGAUAAAUUAAUAUUCUCAAAGUUGAGAUUAUGUCGGCCGUGGUCUGUGAUAGAAUGUUAUCUUGUGUGGUUUUGUUUCACUUCUUGUUUCUCGUUACUUUUUUAAGCAUUAUAACAUUGAUGAUCUAAAUUGUUAGUCUUUUGUAAAUAAUAUAUGAACAUACAGUGCAGUGAUUGGGUAAACAAUGUGAUGAUGCAAUAGAAUUAAUUUUAUUGAUUACUCCAUGACUGCUCUCAGUUCUGACUAUGUACAACUAUCAAAACUGUUUUAGGGUUUUUCCACACUAAAAUCAUAUUAUAAUAGAUAAUUCAGACUUGAGCCAGCAGAGCCUUUAUGACAUCUACAUUUAAUGCUCAUGGAUUUUAUUAAAACUCACAAUGACUCUGUGGUUUAAGUAAAUCGCAAUUAAGUUUUCACAAUUCAUGGAAAUUUUGAGUAGGCUUUGUUUUAAGAACUAUCAACUAUAGGGCAUACAGAUAGCUUGACCUUCUAUAUGGGUCAUUGUCAAAAUAGAAUGAAAACAUUCUUGUAUAAAUACCUGAAUGCACUUCAAAGGUAGUCAGCAAUUAUUUUUUUUCCAAGCCCUACCUUUACCCAUAAUUUUAUUGCAAUUUUUUUGAACAUUUUGAGAUAAAUUGACAACCGACAGGGCUCGAAAUUAACAUAUGCCCGUCAGUCUGUGACUGGUUUUCUGGCGGACUGACUGAUGUUUGUUUUAGUCAAUCCGAUGAAACUGAUUAAUUUCCUAAAGCAUCAUUUUGGAAAACAUACUUAUGGAAUCUUAAACACACAUUUGGCAUUCUUCUGUAGAUAUCAGAUGAACCAGAUUAGUGCAUAUUGUAAAUAUAAAUCUCACAUAAGUGUUACAAUAUUGUAUGAGGCUUAUCAAGUUAAAUUCCGUUAUCUUAUUUCAAUAACAUUAACGAAAUUUCUGGAAAACUCUGGUGGACUGGUAAAUUUUUCUGUGGACUGGUUGAAAUUAUACCCUAUCAGUCCGGCUGGACUGGUGACAUGAAAAUUUAGUUUCAAGCCCUGACCGAUGAAUUUGGGCAUAGCCUAACCUUCAUAAUAUUUAGUUAGAAGAGGUAAUGAUAAGAGAGCUACCCAUGAUGCUUCUAACCUGGAUUAAGUUAACCCACUUCAUGUCCAUUACUUUGUUUUGUUUAUUACCCAUGUGUUUGUUGGAUAAUGUAGCUGUGUGUAGAUGUAGUGCGAGUUUAAGAACAAGUACCCCACCAUUAAGUUGUAGUCUGCAGUGUGGUCUAACCCUGUCCCUGAGUGCUAAAAUGUCAAUUCCUGUUUUGUGUGCUAUAGUUUUGAAAGUACAGUGGUGGAUUUAUGGGGGGGGGGGGGGGGGGGGGGGGGGGGGGGGGAGAAGGAGUCGGCCCCCUCGCUCUUUUUCAAAUUUUCAUCAGUAUGAUAUCAGACAGGGGUAAAACUCCAGAUUUAAGUGUUUUGGCUAAUCUUGAUUUUUACAUAUGGGGGGGGGGGGGCUUUUCAGAAAUCCUGGUUCUGCCACUGUAGUAUCUUUGAUUUGUUAGACACAUGCAGAUAAUAGUGACACAUGUCUUAAUAAUUAAUUUCCUAUCAACAGAUUUUCUGUAUACUUUGUAUGAUCUAUUGAUAGACAAAAUAAGUGUUGCAGUGCUGUGAUCAUUCCGCCAUGUUAACGUGGUGCUGAAUUGUUUUGUGUUUUAGAUAUCUGAUGAAAAUGAAUCUAUGAAACCCUUCAAGCACUUACUGGUAUCAAACUAUUAAUCUCUUGCUAUUGUAAUUUUUGAAUUUUUUAUUAUUAUUUUUUUUUUAUUUUUUUUUUGUAAAAUGAAAUUAAUAGCUGUCGUGUUUUGUCAAUUUCAUCACAAUUUUGCACGGGUUUCUUAUUAUCUCUGUACCUGUGAUAAGUUGUUGAAGAUAUCCUAUAUCAUUGAUGCUUUUAACUUAAUUGAGAGAAACAAACCAUAUCAAUGAAAUUGGUACCUCAGUUUAUGUGUAACGUACUAGCAAAUUUGGUUUUUCAUUGCAAAUAUUUAUAGGCUAGGUUUUUUGAUAUUUAAAUUUAAUUGUAUUUUUUUAAAUGACUUUCAGGAUAAAGAGUGGCAAUUUUGUUCUGGUAGUGUGGUUUUGUAAAUAACCUGUUUUAAACUUAGAUUGCUCUCUCAUUUAAGAAAUAAAUUUGAUUUUUGAAAAUACAUAAAGGUGAGAACUGCAAUGCUUUAUGUCAGCAUACGUCAUGCAGCGUGUUAGCACUUUAUGUAUGUCAGUGUGAAGUAUUACAGUUCAUACCCUUGUGUAUUCUGAAAUCAAUGCAGGAGUCAAAGAUAGCCAUGAGAUAUGCAUAUUAUUAGUACUUUUACACAAACCAAAAUGACUGAUCUUUACAGUGUAGUUAUUUAUAGUGUUUAUACACUGUACUUUAUUUUUGACAGCUUGUAAAACAGAUGCAUAAUUAUAUGUAUAUAAUAGUAUAAUUAUAUAUAUUAUAUUUUGAGAUUAUCAUGAUUGUAGAUUAUAUUGAAUUUUUUUAAAUCCUUACAGUGAUACCAAAUUUGCUAUCCUCUGCACAAAGUCAUUUCUACCUCCUGUAUUUUUCACGAGAUCUGGGUUUUUUUUUCCCCCAUUGUAUUUCAAAGUUACCUUCUAGCACUUUAGACUUUACAAGUUGUAAAUAGAGUGCUGCUAUUGGCAGAUCUUUUCUCUGUUUGUGUCAGCAUGUCUUGUCAAGCACAUCCUUCUAUCAAAAAGGAUUUCUGAACAAAGAAUUAUUUUGUGAUGCAUCCUUGCCCUGAGAUAAAUAGUCUCAACAUGAUAAGAUGACCGAGUAUUGAAAGUUUUUAAAUUCUGAUUAUGUGCAUCUCAGAAAAAAAGUUGUCAAUAUCAUCUGUAAGAAUGGUCCCUUGUAAGAAUGACCAUGGCAGACUACACUAUCUUUCAGACCUAACUGGAAAUGCUUGACUUCCAGAAGCUGUUUGACUUUGUACCCACCCCUUUUCCUUUGUACACUGAAGAAAUAUGCUCUGAUAUAAAAUACUUGACUCCUAUCCUACAGAGAAGCUCAGCAUACAUUCCCCGUUCCACUACCUUGAGUGUUUCCCAUAUUGUGUUGGAGUUUUUGCCAGUUCAUUAGAGAUAAGGGACUCAACAGAGGAGUGGAUCAAAGAUAGCAGAGGGUGUAGAACAUCCUCUGAUGUUGAUAAUGCUAUUUUUGUAAUAGUACUAUUGCUGUCAUCUGGUGCUUUUAAAUUGUGCAAUUACAUGUUAAAAUUGCGUAUGAUGAUGUAUAUUAAGCCAUUGUUAAUUUUCAGUAAUAAAAUUUAACAUAUUGCU